UAUCCAGCUUAGAGUCUUCUAAUCUUUAUUUAAUUGAAAGUCAGUUAUCUACAAAUGAUAAUCCCCUAUUGGUUGGGAGAUAUCUAAGGAAUUAUCUAGCUCAUGGGAAUUCUCUAGUGGAUAUUUUAAUGGAUUCAACUCAAUUUAUAUUUUUAUUUGCUUUGAAAAUUAUCAAAAAUGAUAUUUAUCGAAACAACAAUUUAGUGAUCAGACGCAUAAGGAAUAAAUCGAAAUCAAAAUCCAUCGUAGAAAAUCAAAAAAGAUUGUUUAGUGCUCUGUCAAGUAAUUCAUUUGAUAGUGUGAUAAAUUUAAUUAGAGAAGGAGCUGAUGUAUAUGGGAGAGAUAGCAACUUGAUGACAACUUUACAUUUUGCUUCAAAAUCUUCCAACGUUAAUAUUAUAAAGUUCUUAAUUAACUACGGUUUGAAUCCAAACGUUAAAGAUUUUCACAAAAGAAAUCUUCUCCAUGUAGCUGCAGGUUCUGGAAAUACUGUCAUAGUUAAUUACAUUAUAGACGAACUUAAAAUAACAGUUGAGGAACAGUGUGCGCAAAACCAAUCAGCGCUCCAUGUAGCAAUAGAAAAUGGCUGCAUUGAUAUCGUUGAAAUUUUACUGUCACACAAAUCUGUAAUUAAUGCCGGCCCAUUUUUUAUGACACCAUUAUACACCGCUGUAGUCAAUAAUAAAAUAAAAAUUGUUGAAUUAUUUUUUCAAGAAAUAGAAGAUAUAAAUUCAAUCAGAGUUGUACAGGGAUUUAAUUUUUUUCAUCUAGCAGCAGAGAUGGGUCUCCUAGACAUGGUGGUUUAUUUUCUUGGUAAAGGAGCUGAUGUCAAUUCUGUAUCGGAUAAAUUGGUCACAGCCUUACACCAAUCAGCUUAUACUGGUCAUCUAGAAAUUGUCGCAACUUUGAUUUCAGAAGGAGCAAAUGUAAAUGCUGAGGAUUCAUUUAAUCGCACUCCACUGCAUUACGCUGCUAUGAAUGGUCAAUCAUUGAUUGUUGAAGUUUUGCUGAAACAUGGUGCAGAUUUAAAAGCUUUAGACAAUGAAGGACAUUUACCAUUGCAUUUUGCUAUAAUGAAAGGAAAUAUUGACACAUUAAAAACUCUUUUAAAACAUGAAGCAAGUAUUAAAGACGUUACGACAAAGCGUUCUUCUAUAUUUGGGUUUGCCAUUCCUCAUGGGAACUUAGAACUUAUAGAUUUUUUAAUUGAUAAUGAAGCACCCAUUAAUAUAAGAGACGCUAAUGGCUUCACUCCUCUUCAUCUAAGUAUACAAAGUGGUUCAAUAGAUAUUUCUCUGAGAUUAAUUGAACGUGGAGCUGAAAUUAAUGCCGUGACCGAAAAUGGUUUUACACCUUUGAGUCUUUCAAUUCAACUAGGGUAUUUUGAGAUAUCUGAUAAACUCUUAUCUGAACAGGCCGAUGUUACUACUGUUGAUAAAAACAGGCAAUCAUUAUUGCAUAUGUGUAUCACAUCUUUUGAAAUUCGGAAAUUAAUGAAAAGCGAUUACGAAAUAAAUGAUAAAGAUAAAUAUAAAAAACUAAUUUCUAACCGGAGUGGAACUAAUUUAUUUAAAAGGCUUGUUCAAAAGGGAGUCAGUGUUGAAAAUAUCGAUAUCUUUGGUAUAACUCCUUUACACUUAGCUUGUCACUCCGGUUACAUUGAUAUCGUGCAAUACUUAAUAAAUAUAUUGACUCAAAUUGAUAUUCAGGACAAAAACGGAUAUACACCAUUACAUUACGCUAUUUACAACAAUCAUCUUGAGGUAGUUAAUAUACUGAUAGCGAGUGGAAAGUGUUCCUUAAAAUCAAAGACAUUAAGAGAUGAUACUGCAUUGAGCAUAUCUUCAGAAAACAAUUACGAGGAAUUAACUCGGUUUUUGAUCAAUAAAGAAGCUGAUGUAAAUGAUGGUAACCCACUCUACAAAGCUCUAAUGCAAGGACAUCAGGAUAUAUGCAUUCUUCUCCUGCAAAAUAAGCACACUGAUAUUGAUAAACAGUUUAGAGACAAAGGUGAAACUCUUCUUCAGACUGCUUCAAUAAAAGGCCUGGAACGGGUGGUUUCGUGUUUUUUAGGCAAAAAGAAAUUUUCAAAAUCAAUUGACAUAAGGAAUUCUUUAUUUUUUGCCAUUCAGCAGGGUUACGAUGGCAUUGUCAGCCUUUUAUUAAAUCGCAGAGCUGAUGUGAACAUAGUUUUUGAAAAUGACGUUUCCCCUUUGCACCUAGCAGCUUCACGAGGCCAUUCAGAAAUCAUUAAAAUAUUGCUAGAUAGGGGAGCUGAUUCCAAUAAACAGAAUUCACAAUAUCGAAAACCUAUUGAACUGGCUGUAUGGUAUGGUCAUUUGGAUUCGGUAAAAGUAUUUUUCCAGAAUACAAUUGUAAACGUAAAUGAAAAAUUCUAUGAAAACUAUACUCUAUUACAUUUUGCUGCUGAACGUGGACACCUAGACAUAGUGGAAUUUCUAAUUAACGAAAAAGCAUCAUUAAAUGCAGCAAACAGCUUGGGCUCAAAGCCCAUACACGUCGCAGCACGUGAGGGACAUCUGCACAUUGUUGAAUACUUUAUUCAAUGCGACGAAACACUAGUAACAGAACGUGGGUGCUCAAACACGACUCUUCUACACUAUGCAGCUCAAACAGGUCAGACAGAUAUUGUUAAAUAUUUAGUUCAAAAGGGAAUUGAUGUCAAUGAGCCUAGUGAUGAUGGAGUCCGACCCAUUCAUAUAACCUCAUUGUUUGGUUUUGAAGAAGUACUCAAAGUACUUAUUGACAAUGGUGCUAUUUAUGACUGCACUUUUGAUGUCUUUCAAAGAACACCAUUACUUCUGACUGAUAAUGAAAGUGUUAAAAAAACACUGCUGAUGAUAGAAGAACUUUUUCACUCAGUUAAAAGUAACAAUAUUUCGAAUGUAAAAUCACUCAUUAAUAAGGGAGCUUGCGUCAAUGCAAAGAAUUCGAAGAAUGCUACACUUCUGCAUUAUGCUGCAUGGAAAGGAAAUGCUGAAAUUGUUCAAGUUCUUUUGGAAAACAAUGCAAAUCCUACCCCAUUUGGAAAAAAUCGUGCUACUCCGCUUCAUUAUGCGUCAAAGUCUGGAAAAAUUAAAAUAGUAAAAAUUCUGUUAGAAAAUGGUGCUAUGUAUAAUACAAUGACAGCUGAUAGGAAAACUCCUUUAGAUUUAGCUUCAAGCGAAGACGUUAUUGCUUUAUUAAAAUUAAUCGAUAAUGCAUUCGAGAAUGUUCAGAAUUGCAAUAUUCAUAUUUUAAAUAGUUUCGAGAAUUUUGAAAACUCUGAUUCAUUUAAAUCGUUAGCGUGUGCAAAAAAUAAGGAAGGAAAAACUCUAAUGGCUUGUGCUGUUCUCCAUGAUUUUCCUAACUUAAAACAUCUCAAAAGUAUAUUUAUAAAAAAUUAUGAUGCCUUGAAAUCUAAAUGCGCCAAUUUGUUUGCCAAAGAAGAAUUUAACGAAGCUUUAAAUACGCUCAACAACUUUCAGAAGAAAACAUCACAAGCUCUUGGUUUAGAAAAUCCCGCAAUGUUGGAAUCCGAAGAACUUUCAGCAAAAAUACUGUCUCAACAGCAUAAAUAUCAAGAGGCACUUGAUAAAUUUCAAGCAAUAUUUCAAAAGAAGAAAAAGAUGUUUGGACUGAAUGACAGUCGCACUUUGAGAACCCAUUUCUUUAUCGCUUUAAAUCUCCACUGCUUAGGUAGAAAUUUAGAAGCAAUGGAAAUUUUAAAGGAUGUUCACUCGCAACAAUGCAAAUUAUUUGGAUCAGAUCAUUCUGAGACUUUGAUUACACUGAGUCAUAUGGCAACAGUAAUGGAUGAGCUUGGUCGUCAUGAAGAAGCACUGAAAAAAAAUAACACUGUGUUUAAAAAGCUUCUUUCAAUGUUUGGUCCAGACAAUCUUCUAACUAUACAAGCCCAAGAAAGUCUCGCAAAUAGUUUUCAUCGCUUGGGUAAAUAUGAUGACGCUCUGUCUGGCUAUAAAUGUGUUUACGAACUUAGAAAGAAAAAACUAGGGCAUUUUCAUACAGACACUUUAAUCUCACUUCAUAAUGUAAAACAUGUGUUGUGCAUUCAAAACUUGUGUGAUGAAACGCUCAAAGACUUUCGAGAAGUUUUACAUAUUCAAGAGAAAGUUCUGGGUCCGAAGCAUGUCGUCACAUUAAGGACUGAACAUCAUUUAGGUGUGUUCUUAUUAAAAAGGGGUAAAUUGAAGGAGGGUCAUGAAAUUUUAAAAGAAAAUGUUGAAAAGCAAAGAAAUAUCUUUGGAAGUGAGCAUGCAGUACUUAUGAAAUCAGAACGAGCUGUGGAAAAGAUUGAUAUGCUCAAUUUGCAUACAUCAGCAGAUUUGAAUAAAACCAAUGAAGUUCCGACAUCAAAUGAAUCGCUUAUAAAAGAAACUUUAAACUUCGCAAACAUUGAUUCCGACGGGAGGACAAUUCUUCAUUUCGCUGCUAGCGAAGGUCAUUUAUUUUUAGUGAACGAUGCAUUGCAGAAUGGAUGUAAUGUUAUGCACACAACCCGAAAAGGAAAUACGCCUUUGCACAUUGCUUCUUCCAAAGGUCACGCUGAAAUUGUUGAAAAACUUUUAAAGCAUGCAAAAGAAAACAACUUCGAUCAAUUGACAACAUUUAUAAAUGCUAAAACAAUAAAUGGAGGAAAUUCUGCAUUGCACGCAGCUGCUAAUCUUGAAACUGUUAAGAUUUUGCUUAAAUACGGUGCCAUUUAUAAUGUACAAAAUAAGGAAAGUAAAACACCAAAAGAUUACACUACAGUAAAAGAAAUUUCUGAUUUUCUACAGCUUAUUGAUGAAUUUUUCUUUGGUGGUUUGAUCGGAGAUAGCAAAAUCAUAUCCAAAUUCAAUGAUUUUGGAUCAGAAGAAAAACUAGCAGUUUCAAAUGCAAGAAAUGAACAGAAUCGCACAUUGAUCCAAGUUGGUGAGGCCAAAGGGCACAAAAUUCUAAUCAAAGAGAUUGAGUUAAUUUUAACAAACAAAUGA